AUGUUGGCAAUCACUCUGCUCUGGACAGCGAAUGUUCUGGCCGAUGGCCACAACAAUCCUCACAAGGGGCAGUUUUACUUAUCACCUGGCGCUAUUGCUUAUACAGGACCGGACUCCUCCAAUAUCGGUUAUGAAGAUACCGAAGUGGGUGGUGCGCUGAUUCUGGGUUACGGGCUUUCGGACAACUGGUCUGUAGAAGUCAUGGCCGGCAGGGUUGAAGAUGCUGGAUUUGAUAACCGUUACGGAUCAGGGGAAGACGAGGUCAAUCUGCGUUGGUUGGACUUCGUUUAUAAUUUGCCGGCAAAAAAUGCCUGGCAGCCCUUCAUGCUGGUUGGCGGUGGCCGAACUGAGUACGACAUGGACGGAGUUCGUCCGGAUGCGCGUGAUAACCAGUUGAAUGUCGGCGUUGGUGUUUACCGCCAGUUAAGCGAUCACAUCUCGCUGCGUGCAGAUGUGCGCGGUGUCAGCAGCUCUAAAGUAGGUGGUCUUGAGCCGUUUGCAUUUCUGGGUCUGACCGGAUUUAUCGGUUCCCCCGCCGCACCUGCUGCGCCUGCUGACUCAGAUGGCGAUGGCGUACCAAACGAUAUGGACAACUGUCCUACCACACCUGCUGGUCGUGUGGUUGACGCUCAAGGCUGUGAGCUGGAUGCGGACAACGACGGUGUUGUCGAUGGCGCGGAUCAGUGUCCUGAUACACCAGCUGGUGUUUCCGUUGAUCAGAACGGUUGUCCUCUAGACGCCGACGGUGACGGUGUACCGGAUUUCCGUGACGACUGUCCUGAUUCUGAAGCGGGUGCCAAAGUUAAUGACCGUGGUUGUUACAUUGAACUCGAAGAAGAAGUCACGAUUGACAUGAGUAUCGAGUUUGAGACAAACAAAGCGCAGCUGCGCCCUGAUCACACCAGUGAAUUGGCACGUGCGGUACGUUUCCUGCGUCAGUAUCCGAACACCAAAGCGGUCAUCGAAGGCCACACGGAUACCGAUGGUGCGGCGUCUUACAACCAGAAUCUGUCAGAGCAGCGAGCCAAAGCGGUUUACGAGUAUCUCGUCAACGAAGCGGGUGUUGAUGCGAGCCGUCUGACCUGGGCUGGCUUCGGAGAGACACGGCCGAUUGCGUCUAACGACACAGCAGCAGGCGCUUGUGAAAGCGCCUAUUACGGUGUGCAGGAGCAGUUUGGUAACCUUAAAAACGACAUUCUGGUCGACCGCGUUGAAGACGCAAUGGAAGCCCAGGAAGAUGCCAAAGAAGAAUUCAAGAGCGCUUUGGAACAGUUUGAGGCUGUUGUUGGUGUACCGGAAUCGCAGCUGAAAACGGUUUACAACCGGCUCAAUGAUGCGUUUGAAGAUGCGGAAGACAAAGCGUCAACCGUAUCUGAACGCAUCGACUCGGUGGAAGACGUUGCUGACGAUUUGUUUGAGGAAUGGGCGGAAGAGUUAGAGCAGAUCUCCAACGCUUCUCUGCGCCGCCAGAGUGCGGAAAAACUGCGUACCUCGAAGCGCCGCUCAUCCGAUCUGAUUAAAGCCAUGCGUCGUGCGGAAUCGCGUAUGGCACCGGUGCUGACCUCUUUUCGAGAUCACGUACUUUUUCUCAAGCACAAUCUCAAUGCACAGGCGGUGGCGUCUCUGCAGGGUGAACUUGGUGGCAUCGAAUCUGACGUCGGGCGCCUGAUCCGCGAUAUGGAAGCCUCCAUUGCCGAAGCGCAGACCAAGCAGGAAGGUCAUAUGAAAACGUUUGCUUGGGUCGUUGUUGUGCUGCUGCUUCUGAUUGGCGGUGCGGUGGCUUGCGUGGCACUUAAUUCUGGUAGCCUGGUUAAAAGUGGGAUCGAAAAAUUCGGUCCCCAGUUUCUCGGUAUUGAGGUUCAGGUCGAUAACGUAGACCUUGCCAUCACGGAAGGUUCGGCGGCAAUCAACGGCUUACGUCUGGGUAAUCCAGCGGGUUUCUCCGGUGCGGACAUGAUGCAGGUUGAUCAGAUCAAAGUUGUGCUGGAUACAAGUCAGAUCAGCGAUACCCUUGUAGUGAUGAAAGAAGUUGUCAUAGACGGCGCAAAUAUUACUGCCAUCGCCAAGGGGCAGCAGACCAACUUUCAACAGCUGAUGGCUAAUCUGGAAUCUGCAACGGGUGGUGAUUCGCAGGCAUCAACGGAUGCUGGGCCUGGAACAAAGUUCAUCAUCGAUAAAUUCAGUUUCACCAACACUCAGGCAGCCUUGGACUCAGAUGUGGUCGGGCAGCUGGCGUUAACUAUUCCAGAUAUACGGCUGCAGAAUAUUGGCCGGAAAAGUAACGGUGUCACCGGAGCGGAACUGGCACAGCAGAUACUGAAACCAUUGACUGCAUCUAUCAGUAAUGAGGCGGUGAAACAGGGGCUGGAUAUCGACGGCGUGAAGCAGAACAUUGAGCAGAGAGUCCGCGAUAAAAUUGGCAGUGGUCUGAAAAGCCUGACCGAUAGCCUGAGUCAGUAA